CUCACGAUAGAGAAAAAUUUAUCAGUCUAGAGGAGUCUAUAUUGAUCAAGGAUAUGAGGCUAAAUUAUGAAGAAUGUCAGAGUGUUCAUUAUAACAUCUAUUCACAUGAAAUUCCUGCUAGGAUAUUAGAUUCAAAAUAUGAAGGAUCCCGGUGGCCAAAAGAUGAACUUUCUUUUAAUUUUAAUUACUCUUCCUCAGUUGAAUUUGUGCAUAAGCUAAACUCUUCCUAAGCACUUUGAUAUUAAAAAGGUAUUCUUGUAUUCAGUCGAGGAUAAAAAGAAGCAUGCUUUUAAAUUCAUAGACUUCUCGUUCCCAAACAAAGUUGAAGACCUGUUUAUUUCUUUCUUAAGUAAAAUGCAACUCAGAGGUUCUAAAUAUUUUAAUAUAUUAAUCAAAACAAGUCCCAAAAUCAUCAAGAGUGUUAAAAUUAUGCGCUUAUCACUUGACUUUCGCCAGUUAAAGAGAUUAAUAGCAGCUUACAAGCAUGUUCAUACAUUAUAUUUGUGGACUUGCAAGCUCUCAAUCCCCAAAGUUCCUGAUUUCUCAAGAGCAUUAACAAAUUGUCAAAUCCAGGAUCUAAAUUUAGCAGAUUCAGGAGACUUUUCCUUCGGUAAUUGGAAACACAGCCUUGAUGAGUUCAAAAACUUGAUCGAAGGACGGGCAAGUUCUCAAGAUCUAAGACAAAAUCUCAGGAAAAUUAACAUCAGAUAUUGUGAAGUAGAUCAACAAGAAGCUGAAGAUAUUUUUAAUGACACCCAACUUGAAAAUGUAAGAAUAAUUACUUAAGUCCAUUAAUAUGCAUGAAUCUCUUCCAUCUUUGCC